AUGUCAUUCGCUCUUUACGCCGUCGCGGCUCUUCUCCCAGCAGCCGUGCUCGGCUCAGGCUCUGGCCCCUUCGAUUUUGACUUUGAUGACAACCGGAUGGUGCAGCAAGAUGGGCUCAUCCGCUACCCCGUCAUCCCCAAGACCGGCGCUCCGCUCUUCGGCAAGCACACCAACUUCACCAAGAGACAGGUUGAUACGGACAGCUUUGCUCGGCUGUCUGGAACGCUCUACACCAUUGAGCUGACGCUCGGAACGCCGGGGCAGAAGGUCCCUGUCAACUUCGACACGGGCUCUUCCGAGCUCUGGGUUAACCCUGUCUGUGCCCAGUCGACCACGCCGGACUUCUGCAAUGCCCAGCCACGCUUCACGGAGUCGUCCACACUCGUGGACCUGGGAGUCACCGGCGGUGUCACGUACGGCACUGGCUACGCCGACUUCUACUAUGUGUCUGAUUAUGUCGCCAUUGGGUCGGCGAAGAUCACCCAGCAGAUCUUCGGCGUCGCCUACGACAGUGCGCAUGCCGUGGUGGGCAUCAUGGGCGCCGGGCCCGACCUGCUCGGCUGGGACAGCGAUUACCCGCUUAUCAUUGACUCACUUGCCCAGCAAGGGCUCACCAACAGCAGGGCCUUCAGCAUGGACCUGAGGGGGUUUGCCAGCGACCGGGGAUCCGUGAUCUUUGGCGGCAUCGACACGAAGAAGUACAAGGGAGACCUGGUCAAGCUUCCCAUCAUCCCCGCUGCGGAAUCACCCGACGGCUACACGAGGUUUUGGGUCUACGUCAACGGGAUCAGGGUAAACCAGCCGGGCGGCGGUGUUGUCGACGUGUACAGCACACCGGCCGGCGGGAAGGGACAGCCCGUGCUGCUCGACAGCGGCUACACGCUCAGCGCGCUUCCGUCGCCCAUCUUUCAGAAGCUCGUGGCAGCGUUCCCGUCGGCCGAGUAUGUGCCGAACGCAGACCUGUACGUGGUCGACUGUGCCGACCCAGGCCAGGGCGGAUCUCUCGACUUCAGCUUCGGGGACAUAGUCAUCAACGUCGACUACUACGACUUUGUCUGGCACUACCCGGACACUCCGUACUGCGUCCUGGGUGCCUUUGAGGAUGACUUCCCGGUCCUUGGCGAUACCUUCCUCCGCGCGGCGUUUGUCGUCUAUGACUGGGACAACCGUAACAUCCACCUCGCUCAGUCUGCCGACUGCGGUACCAACCUGGUGCCUAUUGGAAGCGGUCCCAAUGCUGUGCCGUCCAUCGCCGUCUGUGACGUCUACGACUUCGGCUUCCGAGUCGACCUCGUCAACGAGCAGGGAGACGUCCAGCACCGAAACCAGGACCGAAACCAGCACCGAGACGUCCAGCUCGUCUACCGCCACGGAAACUGA